AAACCAGUCAGCAUUCCAAUCAAGGUUAUCUUUCUUUGAUUCUUUCUGUUUCUCUCUCUAUCUUCUGUGUCUCUUUUUGUGUUCCUAACUCCCAAAAGUUCCCAGUUGUGCUCUACCACUUCCUUUCUUUGGUAAUAAUCUAACUGGUAACAUUUUCCCCCGUUUAUUCUAUAUGCUUUCACUGAUCCAGAUGAUGCUAGCUAGAUCAAUCCAGCUACGGUGAAAUCAUUAAAACUAAAACCCACCACUCCAAAGCUUUCAUCAUAUCCUUGCAUGUUAACAACCUUCCUUUUGUGUGGUAGAUUCUUUUUUAUAUUCUUGUGUUUAUUGUUAGCCAGAUCUGAAAGUAGGUGUGCUAUACUAGGGUUUUUUUUAUGCUAAGCAAAAAAAAGUAAAUUUCUUUUUCUUUAUAAGCAUAAUAUUAUGCUUAUAUAUUUAUUUUGUUUAGAGAUAAAGCAUGAGAUUAUGGAUGGAAGGAUGUAUGGGUAAGAGUUCAAGGUUUUUUUUUUUAAGUUGUAAAAUUAAUUUUAAAAUUUUCUAAUUAAAAAAUACUUGUUUCAAUUUUAUAUAUAUAUAUCAUUUAAGAUUAAUUUAUAUGCAUUUAAAAGUUUAAAAUAAAUUUAAAAUGACACGGAAGAAGAUCAAAAUAAAGAAGAUCGAUAACAAGGCAGCGAGGCAAGUAACAUUCUCUAAGAGGAGGAGAGGGCUGUUCAAGAAAGCUGAAGAACUUUCUGUGCUAUGCGAUGCUGAGAUUGGCCUUAUUGUUUUCUCAGCUACUGGGAAGCUCUUUGAUUAUGGCAGCUCCAGUAUGAAGGACAUAAUUACAAGGUAUUAUAGGCACUCCCAUGUCAUCAACACCAGACCUUCACCGGAACCGCAGCUAGUGGAUAACAAUAACGCCAAAUUGAGUAAGGAAAUUGCAGAUAGAAGCCAAGUACUAAGUCAGAUGAAAGGCGACGAUCUUCAAGGACUAGACCUAAAUAAGUUGCGGCAAUUGGAGAAAACACUUGAAAAAGGACUCAACCGCGUGAUUGAAAUUAAGGAAAAGAGGAUUAUGAGUGAGAUUUCCGACCUUCAGAAAAAGGGAAUUGAGUUGGAAGAAAAGAACAAACAUUUAAAGCAAAAGAUAGAGGCAAUGUUGGGUAAAGCAAAAGUUCCUUCCCUGGUAGGCUCAAAUAUGAAGAUGCAAGAAGGUGUCUCAUUAGAGACUAUGAAUGGUAUUAGAAGUUGCAUAAAUGACCUUCCUCUUGAGGAUGGUUCUUCGGACACAGCUCUUAAGUUAGGGUUGCCCUUCUUUAACUGAAGAUGUAACUUAGUGAAAGAGUCUAGUCCCAUUUUGGCGUUACCAAUAAUUUUUAUUUACAUUGUGCCCAUAUGUUUUUGUUGGAUUUGUUUAUAUGGAUGAGAAGUGUAUUUUAAAUGUAAAAAUGUAAAGUUAUAGUUAUUAAUUAAAAAAUCAUCGAAUUGCAUUAUAACAAUUUCACAAUUCGUAAUAUAUUUAUAUGUAUUUUUAUU